AUGCGAGAUGAGAAUAUAGAGGUGAGAUGGGCGGGCGCGCACUCGGACGUGUAUAGGUUGGAUUGCGGGGUGAGGCAGGGCGGGCUCUCCUCGCCACGCUUAUUCAACCUGUAUAUGGAUGAGCUGAUUGCCGGACUCAGCAGCACUAAUAUCGGAUGUUCAGUAGGUGGAACCACGGUGAACAACAUUAGUUAUGCGGACGAUAUGGUGCUGCUGUGUCCGUCAGUCAGUGCGCUAGUGAAGCUUUUGGAGAUCUGUGAGGAGUAUGCAGUCGCACAUGGUCUGAGAUACAACACAAGUAAGAGCGAGCUACUAGUUUUUAAAGCAGGCAACAAGGCCUUUGAUGAACUACCACCAGUCAGCCUGUGUGGUACCGCUCUUAAAAGGGUGACGCGUUUUAAGUAUCUCGGACACUGGGUGACUGAUACUCUUCAGGACGACACAGAUAUAGAGAGGGAACGCAGGGCAUUGGCGGUACGUUGUAAUAUGCUGUCCCGCAGGUUUGCGCGGUGUAAUGGGAAUGUCAAAAUAACGCUAUUUAAAGCAUUUUGCCAAUCCUUUUACACGUGUAGCCUGUGGACAAAUUAUACUAAAAAGGCCCUCAGUGCCCUGCGUAUCCAGUAUAACAAUGGGUUCAGGAUGCUGUUGGGACUGCCUCGUUAUUGCAGUGCGUCAGGCAUGUUCGCUGAGGCCCGCACUGACAGUUUCGGUGCUAUAAUACGCAAAAGAACUGCCUCCCUGAUGCGUCGCGUGCGAGACAGCUCCAACAGCCUUGUGCGCCUAGUGUUGGAAUCGCCUGCUUGUGCUAUCUGGAGACACUGGGAUGGUGUACAUAUGGAAUCCAGAGGCCAAGUGUAUAAUUUAUUAUAGUUUUAGU